UAAAUCUAGGUACUCCUCUUCACAGCCACACACUGAUAGAAAGCAGGGGUGGGCUUUAGACAGCACGGAGAGGGGGUGAAGGCAGGAGAGUGAGAAACUGGGAAAAUAAGAGGUCCUACCUGCAUGUCACCUAACUCUGGCUGCUGCACCCCCCUUCAAGUAGCAGCAACUCUCAUACAAAGACAGGCUUUAAAGGCUGACUUUCUUGAGAAGAAGAGAUUUUUUUAAAAAGUUGCUGUUUUUUUCAGUCUGCGGCAUCUAUACUGAGGAGAACAAAAAAAAAGGAUUGCAUUUUAUACGCCUACCCAAUUGUGGCAAUCUUCUUUGAGCAUUCUGUCUUCACUGGGUUACUUUGGCGACUUCUGGAUACAUCCUUCUUGAAUAGUAGGACUAAACUCAGAAAGGGAUGGCAAAUGGACAAAAAAUCCCGAGGUUGGCAUUAACCCAGGGUUCAUUCAGCCUGGCACGGUGCCUGUUGCUCUUCUCCCUCCUCCCUAACAUCGUAACCGCAGAUGAGUAUGACUACUACAGCUGGCAGUCAGACAACUUCCACAACGGCCGCUUCUACACCAAGCAACCGCAUUGUGUGGACAUACCGGCCGACCUGCGCCUCUGCCACAAUGUGGGCUACAAGAAGAUGAGGUUGCCCAACCUCCUGGACCACGAGACCAUGCCAGAAGUCAAGCAGCAGGCGGGCAGCUGGGUGCCCCUCCUGGCCAAAAGGUGUCAUGCUGACACCCAGGUCUUUCUGUGCUCGUUGUUUGCACCCAUAUGUCUGGACAGGCCCAUCUACCCCUGCCGUUCUUUGUGCGAGGCUGUCAGGGACAGCUGUGCUCCGGUGAUGGAGACCUAUGGCUUUCCCUGGCCAGAGAUGCUGUCCUGCGACAAGUUCCCCAUAGAUAACGACCUCUGCAUCCCUAUGCAGUUUGCCGGGAACCAUGCCACUCAGCCACCAGUGCCGAAGGUGUGCCCGCCAUGUGACAACGAGCUGAAAGUAGACAACAUAAUGGAGCAUUACUGUGCGAGUGACUUUGUCCUGAAGAUGAAAAUCAAGGAGGUGAAAAAGGAAAAGGGUGACAGAAAGCUAAUUGCAGCACAAAAGAAGAAGAAGGUUUUGAAGCAGGGCAUGCUCAGGAAGAAGGACCUGAAGAAGCUCACCCUGUACAUAAAGAACGGAGCAAACUGCCCAUGCUCCCAGCUGGAGAACCUGGGCACCAACUUCCUCAUCAUGGGCCGUAAAGUGGACCAGCAGCUGCUGCUCAUGUCCAUUCACAAGUGGGACAAGAAGAGCAAGGAGCUCAAGUUUGCCAUCAAGUACAUGAAAUCCCAUCAGUGCCCUUCCUACCACACCGUCUUCCAGUGACACUGAUCACUGCAGUUUUGCAGAAAUUACAGUUUUCCUUCAAUUUCACCCUGUUUAACAGUACAUUGUUUCCUGUUUCAAUAACUUAAGAAAAAUGUAAAGUCUUUUAUACUGCUACCUGUAUCUGCAGAGAUGUGUAGGGUCCCAUGAAUCCAUGAUCCCAAGAAUGUCCCAUGAAAGCAUGAAUCUCCUCAAAGAAAAAUCAAAUUGUUAGAAGCUUAAUUCUAAUUGAUUGCGCUGCAGCCCCCUCACACAGCCUUUAAGCAAGCUUGAUGAAACUAAUUAAUCUUCAACUUAAAAACAAAAAAAAAAUGCUCAAAACUCUGAGAUCUCACACUGCUUUUCUCUUCUGGUAUUGCUGAACCAGUGAACUGCAUUGUGCAGCAAUGCUAUAGAUCAGAUAUGUCAUGCAUAAAAUCAAGCUGAAAGGUACAAAUCAGUAGUGGCAUGAUUAUUGAAAUGUUGAACGAAAUCUGAGGGUAAAGGAAGGUUUGUUUGUGUGUAAAAGAAAAAGGACCAGAUAAAAAUGUUAAUGUAUAUGUGGGCCGUGCAAUGUGACAGUACACAUGAUGGCACACAGCUCCUGGGGAAAACCUUCAAAGCGGCGGACAAACGGACGAUCCACAGUACUGUAUGUUAUGACCAUGUAAAAAGUAGGUUAUUAUAAAUAAUAGAGAAUUAGAAAGCUGUUUUUAUUAUUUGUUGGGUUUCAUCUCUGAUAGCAAAGACAGCCGAUGGAAGAAGGAAGGCAGGUGGACUGGACGAUGCUUCUACUGACUUUUUACAACACUGUUUUGGUGGUCUAAACAUGGAAACAAAGUGUUUUUUGUUGUUGUUAGUUUUGUUUUGUUGUUUUGGCUUCUGAACUGUUAAAGGAGGAAGAGAAGUUAAGUUCCUGCAACUAAGUGGAAAGUACAACAGAAAUGUAAUGAGAGACUCUUCACAGAAAAACAUUGCCUGUUUCGUCCAGAAGCUUCUGGUACUCGCUAUUUUUUCCUUAAUUUUCAGCAUUCUAAAACCUCUUUUUUGUACUUAAAUAUUAAAAAUUCAACUCAGUUAUACUGCUAUGGUAUGAAAGAGGAAAUCAUGAAUACAUACACCUAAUUAUGCUUACUGCAGCAAUGAAAGAGGAACAUUUAACCUCACCAAUAAUGGCUAUUAAUCUGUAAGUAGUUAUUUCUCUGAAAUAGAUACUGAUUUUACAAAAAGUGAUUGAAUAAAAUAUAUUUUAAGUUUUUAUAAA